AUGCUAAUGGUUAUCCCCAAGGCUCAACGAAUGAAUGAAGCUAUGAUCGGGGCGGGCACUGGAUGGAAAAGACAGAGAAGGGAACAACCCACCGGAAGGGCAUACCCCAAGGAGCACCAAUCUCCCCCGGCAAACAUCUAUCUGCAGGAAGCCGACCUAUGGAUAGAAAGAAAGAUGCAGGAAAGGAAAAUGAAAUAUGAAAGAAAAAGAUGCUUUGGGGGUGUGAGAUACGCGGACGGGGAGUACGCAGCCGAACAACCGCAGGGGCUUCCAGCAGUGAUAGCUGAACUAACCAGAUGGGCCGCCCAAAACUUGGAGUUGACAUUUCAAUCGGAAAUCAACGGGCGAACCAAGCGCUUGCGCGAAGGAAGAAGCGAAUCAAUCAGAAUGGAGACAGGGAGGAGAGGCGAAAGAGAGAUUUUCGAGCCUGCAAGCAGCAAGCAACAACGGCUGAAAAGCCGUUGCGCGCUAGCUUCUGCAUUGCACUGCCGCAUAAACAAUGGAUCCGCUGGGCUGGAUGAGCAACCUUCUCUGGAAAGAAAUAGUGAAAAGCUUAGAUAA